AUUCUAAAUUCAUCGGAAGCGGUAGCAUUUUGAAAUGUGGCGCCAUCGCAUCCUGCAGCAGACAUCCCGCCGGGGGAUCAGCAGACAAGUGAAAGGAGAAGGAGGAGGAGCACGUCGGGAGCCAAGUGGAUCCCUGCCAGCCUCAGCGGAUGUGGUGGUAAUUGGCGGUGGCUCAGCGGGCUGUCACACAUUGUAUCACCUGGCACGACGUGGUGUCAAAGCCGUGCUCCUGGAACGUGCCCAACUUACAGCCGGAACCACCUGGCACACCGCCGGAUUAUUGUGGCGCCUGCGUCCCAACGAUGUGGAUAUCCAGCUGCUGGCUAAUUCGCGUCGCAUGCUCCAGGGAUUGGAGGAGGAAACUGGCUUAGAUCCGGGUUGGAUUCAAAACGGUGGUAUUUUCAUUGCUCACAAUGAAACGCGAUUGGAUGAGUAUCGCAGACUGGCUACGGUGGGUUCAGCCUUGGGUAUCGAAAACCAAGUGUUGAGUCCCGAAGACACCCAAAAGUUGUUUCCCCUCCUGGAUCCCUCGGCUUUUGUGGGAGCUCUCUACUCUCCUGGUGAUGGUGUCAUGGAUCCAGCGAUGCUAUGUGCUGCUCUCAAGAAAGCAGCCACUAAUCUUGGAGCCCAGGUGAUUGAGAAUUGUGGAGUGGAUGAUCUACUGCUGGAGCAGACUUCAAGGGGUAAGAGAGUAGUGGGUGUGGCUACUCCUUUUGGGGAUAUCAAAACGGAAAAGAUAGUGAAUGCCACUGGAGCGUGGGGUCGUGACCUGGUAGCCAAGCAUGGAUCGCAUCUUCCCUUGGUGCCCAUGAAGCAUGCCUAUAUUGUGUCCGAAUCCAUUCCCGGAGUGAGGGGAUUACCCAACAUCAGAGAUCACGACUACUCCACCUAUUUCCGCAUCCAAGGAGACGCCAUCUGCAUGGGUGGCUAUGAACCUAAUCCUAUAUUACUGGAACCCGUGCCCAGAGACUUCCAUUUUGGCCUCUACGAACUGGAUUGGUCAGUGUUUGAGACUCAUAUCGAGGGCGCCCAGAAACUGUGUCCUAGCUAUGCGAAAUAUGGAGUGAAGAGCACGGUUUGCGGGCCCGAAUCCUUUACACCUGAUCACAAACCCCUGAUGGGUCCGGAUCCGAUUCUAGAUGGACUCUACCACAAUUGUGGCUUCAAUUCGGCAGGCAUGAUGUUUGGAGGUGGUUGCGGAGAGCAGACUGCUCUGUGGGUCAUCCAGGGUCAGCCAGAUCUGCCCAUGUUCGGCUUCGAUCUGCGAAGAUUCACCCAGGAGCAGGGCAAAGCCACCCAGUGGAUCAGGGAGAAGUCCCACGAGAGCUAUGUGAAGAACUACAGCAUGGUCUUUAAGUAUGAUCAACCUCUGGCGGGUCGUGAUUUCCAAAAGGAUCCACUACACGAUGAGAUGACAAAGGCGGGAGCUGUGAUGGAGGAGAAGCAGGGUUGGGAGAGGCCUGGUUUCUUCCUGCCAUCCGGUUCUAAGAAGGCAGUGGUUCAACCUUAUGAUUGGUACGGAAGCUAUGGCCACCAGAGAAUCCAAGAUAGUGAAUAUGAAAAGGUUCUCGAGGGCGAUCUUCACUACAGCCGAUUCUCGGAAUACCACGAUCUGAUCGGAUCGGAGGCUUUGGCCUGCCGCAACAACGCCGUGGUCUUCAACAUGAGUUAUUUCGCCAAGCUUUUGCUCGAGGGUCCACAGGCUCAGGAGGCUGCCGACUGGCUCUUCUCGGCCAACACCAAUCGGGAUCCCAGCAAGACUGUCUACACCUGUGCCCUAAACGAUGCUGGCGGAGUGGAGGCUGAUGUGACCAUUUCCCGUCUAGCCAGCGGUUCCGGUGAGGUGUACGAUCCAAAGUUUAAUGGCCAGGGCUUCUACAUAGUGGCUGGAGGAGCCUCUGCCUUCUACACAUACAGCUCCCUGUCGGCGGAGAUCCGUAGAAAGGGAUUCAAUGCCAGCCUCAAGGACCUGACUGCCGAACUUGGAGUGAUUUCCAUUCAAGGACCGAACAGCCGAGAGAUCCUCCAACCCCUCAUCGAUUGUGAUUUGUCCGAUGAGCAGGUGCCACCGAAUAGCACUCGCUUGGCCAAGUUUGGGGAUGUGGGUCUCCGCCUGCUCCGAGUGAGCUUUGUGGGAGAACUUGGCUACGAGCUCCAUGUGCCCAAGAAGAAUUGUGUGGCCGUCUAUCGGAAUCUAAUGAAGGCGGGUGCAGGACAGGAUUUGCGCAAUGCUGGUUACCGAUCGCUGUACUCCCUUAGCAGCGAAAAGGGCUAUCAUUUGUGGAGCUUCGAUCUGCGACCGGAUGACACUCCAUUGGAAGCUGGCUUGGGAUUCACCUGUCGCAAAACUGGUUCCGAAUACCGUGGCAAGGCUGCCAUCGAAAGACAGAGAACUGAAGGCCUGAAAAAGCGCCUGGUUUACUUGACGCUUCAGGAUCAGGUUCCCAUCUGGGGUCUAGAGGGUGUCUACCGGAAUGGCGAACCCGUGGGCAUCUUGCGACGAGCUGAAUAUGCCUAUACCCUGGGAAAGCCCCUCGGACAGGCGUACAUUUCCAGGCCAGAUGGACAGAUCAUCGAUGCGGAUUACAUAAAGAGUGGGCAGUACGAGGUGGACAUCUUGGGAAAGAAAUAUCGCGCCGACUGCCACUUGCGCAGCCCAUUCGAUCCCACCGGCCAGCGGGUUCUCGGUAACUAUGCAUCCGAGUCCAAAACCAAACCGAAUCAUAAAUAAAGAUGAGCCUUUUUGUAUUCCAA